GCCCCCGCUGAGGCCCCGCAGGCGCGGCCCGGCCCGGCCAUGCCGGCCAAGAGGAAGCCGGUGCUGCCGGCCCUCAACAUCGCCCCCAGCGCCGCCGAGGGGCCGAGCCCCGACGGCUCCGCAGAGGCAAACCUGGUGGACCUUCAGAAGAAGCUUGAGGAAUUGGAGCUGGAUGAGCAGCAGAAGAAGCGUCUGGAAGCUUUCCUCACACAGAAAGCCAAAGUGGGCGAGCUGAAGGAUGAUGACUUUGAGAGGAUCUCUGAAUUGGGAGCUGGCAAUGGUGGGGUGGUCACCAAAGUGCAGCACAAACCCUCAGGGCUCAUUAUGGCCCGGAAGCUGAUUCAUCUAGAAAUCAAACCAGCCAUCAGGAAUCAGAUUAUCCGAGAGCUGCAGGUGCUGCACGAGUGUAAUUCCCCGUAUAUCGUGGGGUUCUACGGAGCCUUCUACAGCGACGGAGAGAUCUCCAUCUGCAUGGAGCACAUGGAUGGUGGCUCUUUGGAUCAAGUGUUGAAAGAAGCCAAAAGAAUUCCUGAGGAGAUCUUGGGGAAAGUCAGUAUAGCGGUUCUGAGAGGCUUGGCAUAUCUGAGAGAGAAGCACCAAAUCAUGCACAGAGAUGUGAAGCCUUCUAACAUCCUGGUUAAUUCUCGAGGGGAGAUUAAGCUGUGUGAUUUUGGGGUCAGUGGUCAGCUCAUUGACUCCAUGGCGAACUCCUUCGUGGGAACUCGAUCCUACAUGUCUCCUGAACGGUUGCAGGGCACCCAUUACUCGGUCCAGUCUGACAUCUGGAGCAUGGGUCUGUCAUUAGUGGAGCUGUCUAUUGGAAGGUACCCAAUCCCCCCACCAGACUCCAAGGAACUGGAAGCAAUAUUUGGCCGUCCUGUGGUGGAUGGGGCAGAGGGAGAGCCUCACAGCAUCUCGCCGCGGGCCAGGCCCCCAGGACGCCCCGUCAGUGGCCAUGGGAUGGACAGCCGGCCUGCCAUGGCCAUCUUUGAACUGCUGGAUUAUAUAGUUAAUGAGCCACCUCCCAAGCUGCCAAGUGGAGUUUUCACACAAGAUUUCCAGGAGUUUGUAAAUAAAUGCUUAAUUAAAAAUCCAGCAGAACGAGCUGAUCUGAAAAUGCUGAUGAGUCACACCUUCAUCAAACGCUCCGAAGUGGAGGAGGUGGAUUUUGCCGGUUGGCUCUGCAAGACGCUGCGGCUGAACCAGCCCAGCACACCCACCCGCGCUGCCAUCUGAGGCCCGAGGCCACCGCCUGCUAUCAGUCCUGGUGUCAGUACCUCUGCCUCUGUCACCAUUUCCUCUCCUUCAGUACAUGACAGAACUGCCCUCCUUCCUCCUCCCCGGCCCCUCCUCGCCUCGUGUCCCAGCGGCAAAGCACCGGUCCCCUCGGAAGCGGCUUUAUCACCCGACCCCCUUCCCCAGCCACAGUGGGGUUGGUUUCUUUUGAUGUGGGGGUGUUCCAGGCCUCUGCUCCAGCUCUGGAGCUCCUGACACUUGGGAAAUGUGGUGCUGCUUAUGUUAAUUUUUGGGUUUUUCUCUUUGGGGGUUUGUUUGGGGUUUUUUGGUUGGUUUUAUUUUGGAAACAUGUUCACUUGGGUUAAAGAAAAGAGAAAAGAAUCCUCUGUGUGUGUGUGUGUGUGUGUGUGUGUUUGCAUGUGUGUGUGAGGUGGUGGCAGGGAAUGGGGACAAGGGCCUCCCUGUCUCCUUCCCAUGCAGAGGUGAGAGGCAGAGCCUGGUUGUCCACCGUGGCCAGGGCAGAGCUGGGGCUGCAGGAUCUUUCUCCUGACCCUGCUAUCUCGCGGGUGAAGUCCUUCCAGGCUGUGCAGCUUUUCCCUCUCCAGCUGCACAACAGAUGCUUUACCUCCUCCCUGGUUUUCACAUGAAAUCAGGUGGGGCCAGGGAUGGAGAAACCCUGUCUAGGGUGGCCCAAAGUGGUGUCCCCAUCCUGCCCAGCUGGGCACCUUGCUGAUGUGGGCGGGAGGUUUGUGAGGUGAUUCGUGGCUGAGCUGGAGAGGAGGGUGGCAGUGAGCUCCCUCCCAGCCCAUCACAGGGUGAAGGAGAGAUUUGUAUUUUCUUUAUUUUCUUCUUAAAUGGUUGUUUUAAA